GGUUCACCACAGCCAACACCACCUGGCUACCUGUUAAUCCCAACUACAAGACACUCAACGUUAAGGCUCAGAGACAGGCCAAGGCCAGCCAUCUCAAACUCUAUGAGGAGUUGACUCAGCUCAGGAAAGACGACGUCUUCAGGAAGGGUCACCUCGCCUUCCCAGUGGUCGAUGCACAAAUUUUUAGCUUCAUCAGAUACCUUGAAGGUGCCCUGACGUACAUGCUGGUGAUCAACACUUCACAAAAAGAUAUAACAGUGAACCUCCACCAGCAUGCUAACAUUGAGCUCCCCCACACUGGUACUGUUGUUCUCCGCUCCUCCACCGACACUUCAGUGGACACUGAACCGGGAUCUGAGGUCUCCUUGGACAAGAUUCCACUGGUGGCUGGUGAAGGAUUACUUCUCACUCUCACCAUACAACUGACAUGAGAACUAUUGUACCAUCAUCAGGUGACUCCAUACCCCAUAGUAAAAGGUCACCUCAUCACCAUAAGAGUACAUUACCUUCAUAUAAUAAGAAUGAAAAACCAUAAAGUUUGUACAGUAUAGGAAUCCAUGUUGUACAAUAAAUAUUCUGAAAUUAA